GAAGAGUUCUACUUUUUCUCUUUGACGAAUCGGCGAAUAGCAAGUUGGCAAGUUUACUACCAUUUACUACAGUUUACUAAUUCACUUUAGUUUGGGUUGGUUUGGUUCAUUUGCAAGGAAUUCAGUGCAAAAUUCAUGGUGGCGAUUCUCUCUUGCAUUGAUAUUUUCUCCAAAUUCAUUAUAAGAACGAGAACUACAUAUUUAACAAAAAUUGAUGUAUUAUGAACCGACUAGAUGAUCCGCCGGGGCUAAUGAAAGGCAGAAAACCAUCUUUUAUUGGAAUGAACGGAGCUCCAGAAACGGAUGAUCAACAGCGACUACGGUUUCAGGUUGAGUUAGAAUUCGUACAAUGCCUUGCCAAUCCAAAUUAUUUGAAUUUUUUAGCACAGCGUGGCUACUUCAAAGAUGUGACGUUUAUCAAUUAUCUUAAAUACCUAUUAUACUGGAAAGAACCAGAAUAUGCAAAAUAUUUAAAGUACCCUAUGUGCUUGUAUUUCCUGGAUUUAUUGCAAUAUGAGCACUUCAGAAGAGAAGUUGUGAAUUCUCAAUGUACAAAGUUUAUCGACGAUCAGCAGAUUCUGUUGUGGCAGCAUUAUACAAGACGUCGAACAAGGCUUCUGCAAACAGCUGCUGAACAAACACAACAUACUAAUUCUCAAAACAAUGGCAUCACUCAACCUAAGGUUUCUUGAAAUUCAUAUAGGCCAUAGGUGUGUGUGUGUGUGUGUGUGUGUGUGUGUGUGUGUGUGUGUGUUUGUGUGUGUAUAGUGUAUGAUCUAUUGUAUUAUUUAUCCAGUGUUAUACUUAAAAAAAAUUGAUUAAUUUAAGUUAUUGCUACAUGACUGACGGUUUGCAGUUUCCUACAUUUUUGUCAUUGCAUGGUACUGUAUAAAUUAUUUAUUAAAAACAAAAUUUGCAUCAACAGAAUUUUUUUCUGUUUAAUCAUAAUUUUUACAUCAAUAUAAUAGUAUAUUCAUUAUUAUAAUAUGCACUAUAAUGAGAUCUGCUUUUUAAGUCGUAAGUUGUAUAUUGAAUCAGUUAUGUGAGAAAAUCAAUAAACAAGUAAAAAUUGAUUCCUCCGACAA